AUGAAGUUCAACGAGGUCGUCCAGAGCCGUGAAUGGGACGAAGAGGAAGGAUUGUGGCAUGUCUCUGUGCGUAAUGCGCUCACAGGCCAAAUCAUCAACGAUACCUGCCACGUCCUCAUUGGAGCCAAUGGUCUGCUCAACUCGUGGAAGUACCCUCCGGACGCCAACGUGCAGGACUUUAGAGGACGGCUCAUCCAUACGGCAAGGUGGCCUGACGAUUAUGGGCCGGAGCAGUGGGCCAAUGAUCGAGUGGCAGUUCUAGGCUCCGGAGCAUCGGCCAUCCAGGUAGUGCCCACAAUACAGCCGCACGUCAAGCACUUAGAUGUCUUCGUUCGAACGCCAGUCUGGUUCGCAGAGAUUGCGGGGCACUCUGGCGAAAACACCGAUUACGCACCUGAAGAGCGCGAGAGACUCCGGAAUGACACAGAAGCUCUGGUGACAACAGCCAAAUCAAUCGAGGACGGGCUUAAUGGGAUUCAGGGAAUCAAAGCAAUGAUGACCUCCAGUGCAGAAUCCCAGAUGGUCCGGAAGCUGUUCCAGACCAGAAUGAGAGAGUACCUGACCGACGACAAGAUCUAUCGACCGCUUCUGCCCGACUUCGCUGUCGGCUGUCGUCGUCUGACACCCGGGAAUCCGUUCAUGAAAGCUAUCCAGAAGCCGAACGUCUCGCUGCACAAAGCUGCUGUCAACCAGGUCCGUGGCAGCACCGUCAUCGGUGACAACGGAGAUGAGGUCGAGGUCGAUACGUUGACAUGCGCUACAGGAUUCGAUGUCGGCUACGUGCCCAAGUACAGAAUGCAAGGCCGAGGGGGCAUCACAUUGCAAGACACUUCACCAGGAAUCAGGUCAUGGAGGGUGGUGAUCUAUCACCGUACAUUACUUAUGACGGACUGGAGAAGAAGUUCUACUCUGUCAAGUCUUCGGUCAAGGAGAAUGGGAGGCCCUCGGGAAGGCGUAGCUUGGUCAAUGAGGGUCCUAGCUAGACAGAGGAGUAUCGUGAGAGCGUAG